AUGGAGGAUGACAAGAAGACCAAGUACCGCGGCGUGCGUACGCGGCCUUGGGGCAAGUUCGCCGCAGAGAUCCGUGACCCUGAGCGUGGCGGCGCCCGCGUCUGGCUCGGCACGUUUGACACGGCCGAGGAGGCCGCGAGGGUGUACGACCGCGCGGCUUUUGCCCAGAGGGGCGCCACCGCCGUGCUAAACUUCCCCGGGGAGGCCGGGGGCGCCACCGGCUCGUCUUCGUCCGCCCCGGCUGGCUCUGGAGCCGGCACGGGCAGGGGUCGCGGGGGCACAGAGAAGAUCGAACUCGAGUACCUCGACGACAGCCUCCUGGACGAGCUUCUCGACGACAGCAAGUACGGUGGUAAAUGA